AUGGUGAUAAAAAUGUGUGAAAAAGAGCAUAAAUGCGAGUGUGCACACAGUUCAACUAACCCGUCUGUUCAACAAACAUUAGAAGAACUUGAUUUUAGUAGGGGUAUAUGGACAGCCGCAUUAGACGGAUCAUAUGAAGAUGUUGUGAAAUUUCUUGAGAAGAAAAACGACCCAGUUGACAAAUGUGACGCUUCAGGCUACACAGCUCUACAUUAUGCAAGUAGAAAUGGUCACACAAGAAUAUGUAAACUGUUGCUUGACAAUAAUGCCUCACCAAAUAUUCAGACACGUUCAGGUGGUGUGACACCUCUCCAUAGGGCUGCAUAUUGCGGACAUACAGAUAUAGUGGAACUACUUCUAAAGCAUGGAGCUGACCCCUUGAUAGCAGAUUCUGAUGGAAAACUUCCCUUACACAAAGCUGCUGAAAAGGGUUUUGCCCCUGUAGUAGAGAUUUUAGUGAAAGCAGCAAAAAACAGUGUUUUCCAUAAAGAUAACAGAGGUCGCACUCCAACAGACUGUGUCACAAAAGAUUGUUCAAAUGUGAAAUCUCUUCUUGAAUAAAAACAAGAACAAUCCUGAAAUACGAUGUUAAGUCACAAGUAGACCAAUCAGCUGCAGAGUGUUCUGUGAAAUAUACAAUGAUAUAAAUGUGACCAAACCUGCAUUACUGUUAUUUCCCAACAGAGCUGUGAACAGUUAAGAAAAAAGAAAGUGGUUUAAUUUUAGAAAUCUCAAACAACAGAGCUUUAAGAAAACCUCAAUUGAACUUGUUUUGGUGCACAUAUUUUUUUACUUGCACCCCUAAAUUUUCAUCUGUUUAGUCAGUGAAUUUUUCUGGACAAUCAGUGGACAUGAUGUUAAAAUAACUAUUAAACUCUUACAGUA